GUUCGCUCAAGAACUCAAACAUUCUUGACGUCUGUUUUCGAAGGACUCGUUUUUUUACUAUCUACAUGGAAGCCAGUUUUAUAGUAUAACAUUUUUACCUGAGCUUUUAGGUAUUUUAUUUGCUUUAGACUUUUUGCAAACUGUUCGAACCCACUUAUGAUAGCGAUCAAUGAAAAUAUUAGUUAUCGGAAAGAAUAGGCAACGAAUUACGCAAAAAACAAAUGAUAUUAUGAUACCAUAUAAAUUAUAUCCUCAAAGCUAGAAAAUAAACCAUCAAAACUUGACAAAAAUGAAGUGUUUUUGUAUGCUCCACGCAAAGUGACAGUAGAAUUGCCGUAAGUCGUGGAUGUACCUGGUGGUUGAAGUCGUGAAUACCUUGUAAAAACAAUCCGGCUACAGCUUUGUCAGUGUCACGUGAUCCUCUGUAAGUGUCACGUGAUCGGUUCAAACUUCUCCCGGAUGUUCGGUCUUUUUUCUCUGGGCAUUACGCACCUGACAUGCAUUUCAUUUGCUUAUCUUUACUACUACUAUUUCCACUCAAACUGAUUUGAAUAUUUCCUUCUUUAAUGUGGCGAUUUGUGAGGGACUAAGAUCCUCCCAUUUCAAUCUCGUGAAGAUAACCCCACCCCCCUCGUAAAGAUAACCCUCCCCCCCCCCACCAUUGUCAUAUUAUAUAAUAUAUAUACCAUGACACUGCAGUCACAGAAAGUAGCAGAAUCGUGCUUUGUUUAUUUAAAAGGUAGUGCUGUUAUAUCUGAUGCUAGUGCAAUGUUGUUUUUACAUCGCAUAUGUGAAGCAAUCCCACCACUUUCUAGCCUUCUCAAUUGUUGCAUGCUAUUUUGUAACUUAUUUUUCACUUCGUUUGUUUCAUUUUAACAUAAAUAUGCUUAAGAUCAAUUUUAGUUCUGUAAUCCCUGAAGUUCUGAGAAAAGUUGUAAUCCCUGAAGUUUCAGACGGACAUUUUACAAACUUGAAAUGAAGGAGCACGUGGUGAUAGUGUUAUGUCUGGUGAUGUGUAUCAUGGCAGAUACCUACCUUACCAACCCUAGAGGCUCCAACAACAGGCUGAACGAGAAUACAGCUACACGAACAAACGCCAACAGAUUGUUCGACUCUCAGAACAAUAACCGAGGAGGCUACAACACGGGAGAUAGAGGUGACAAGGCUGCCGGGCAGCACCCUCGCCGACAGUAUUCUAUGCAAUACUACGCGAGUGGGGCCACUGAGAGUGAGCAAAGUAAGCUGAUUGUAGAGUGGACGAAUCAGCACGGGUGUGGUGGCAACAAGGACUCCCCUCAUAAAACUAACUGUAACAUAGUGGUACAGAUGAUGUGCCAGACGAACGGAACAGACGCUAACUACCCCACAGGACAAGGUAAUGGGGACACGGAUAAAACAGAGAGGAAUCUUUACUUGAGGGACGGUACAACUACUAACACCCAAGGCUACAACCAGCCUAACAAGAACGAAUACGAAGGAGAUAAUCAGAACACUAAGAAUAACGCCUACACUAACAGGAUGAACGGCAACUACAACAACGUGCAGACUAACAGAGGUCUACAUGAGACUGUCUGGUGGUACGACAUGUGCAGGUUUAGAGAAGCUAACAAAGGACUCUACAUCGCAGACCAGGACCUCGGAAAAGGAAGUCUGGGUUAUGUCGGCAGUGAGAGGACAAGGCAGAACAAUGGAGGAACCAGGAGAGGUUAUGAGUGUCCUGAGGAGAGAGAUCACUAUCCUUACUGGCAACCAACCCAUCAGGGCCCGUAUAUUGAUAGCUACCAGACCACCCCCUGGAUUGACGUGGCCUACCUGACUGGGAACAGUACUGAUUGUGACAGGGUGAAGGAGGGUUCAGAGAACCAGAACGGAAAGUGGAGAUGUGUACUUAACGAGAGUAGUGCACGGAAAUACGGCCGCUCUAUAAACGAGGAGGACUGUAAACAAGAGGAUGGAACCUGGGUACAGUUCCACAGCUACCUUGAGGUGAUCAGCAGUGCUAACACAGAGGCAAAGUGUAACAAGUACAAGAACACCGACAAAAGGAACAAAAUAUCCUGGAUGUCUAUCAGAAGUGACAAGGACCAGAAGAUGUGUGUGGUACAGGCCCCGCUCCCCAAGUGCGAACAAGCUCCCUGGUCUAGAGUGAACCAUCUGGGUAACUCUAUAGACACCAAGGGUAACGCCUCCAGAGUGGAUACGGAGCUUCCUUAUUUCCCCAGCGGGACAGCUAAACGAUGUGUCAUGAGACUCAGGUACAACAUAACAACGGACGAGUUUGACAACUACGGAACCGACCACAGACACAACUACGAUCUUUCCAAGGGUGUCAUAUCCCCGGUGGAGGAUAACCCGUUUGUGGAUGUGGCUGGAGAAUCUAAGCCUCUGAGGCUGGCAAUGAACACUAACCAGUUCGGCAGGACGUUCCAGGACAGGACUCAUGCUUAUGUUGUUUUACCUCGACUGGAUGGUAUGGAGGGUAAGAUGCUGCACAACCUCAACGUCAGAGGAAAGCGAGGUAACAUCGUGCAAACGUUCCCCGGCGUGGAGUAUGAUUUCGUGCCCAACAAACUGGCUAUCUCCGAGGAAGAGCUGCUUCACAUUCAGUGGACCGGAUCUAACACGCACAAUAACGGAGGUAACGGAGGAGACGGUCAGACUGGGGAUGCUGGAGAGGGGACUGGAGGUACGGAUCGUCACAACUUCCUACAAAUGCUGAGGAGUGACCUGAACUUCCCUGCUCCAUUUGAGAACACCACUAUGUGGGACAUGGUAGAGUCUGUUAACCACCCUAAAGCUACUGGUCUGGAUCUAGCUAUUGGGUUUGCUACAUCAGGAUACUACUGCGGCAUGAGCAAGUUUGGAGGAUGUCCUACUGGUUACCACGUGGACGACUCUAAGAAAGGCGCCUUCCAGCAGCAACUCAACAACGCUCCUGCUAGCUACUUCGGCCACGUGCUAAGGUUCAAGAAGCCGGGCACGUGUGUGUACGUGUGCACGAGGAACAACAACUUCACCAACCGCUCCCAAAAGGGGGUCCUCUGGGUCACUCCCAAGCAGAAGUAACAUGUGCCGUGUGUUUUUGAGAUGUUCGCAACAAUUUAUUAUUAAUGUAUGAUGGACUGUGUCUGUAAAUGUUUAUCGUUUAUUUGCCCGUGUUUCGCUGGAAUUGUAAUGCUGAAUCAUAGCAAGAUAAUGAAUGUGUUAUUGUUAGUAAUACAAUAUUAGUAAUACUAUUGCUAAUACCCCCAGUUAUUAGCUGUAUAAUAUGAUCGCUUCACAACUAAGUGUUUUAUUUGGUUUACUGUUUAAAAAAAGCUGUAUUUCUGGGGGAAGGGGUGUAAACAGUGUAAAACAGUGUGUCACUGUGUGAAACAGAAUUGAGACUUAUAUUCAAUCUUUACCCUAUAACAGCUUGACAAAUUAUCAUUUUUGUUGCAAACCCCAAUUUGCAUGUUUGAAACUGAUGAAAAUUUAUCGAUAAGGUGAUUAACGGUUAUUUACGCAAUAUAAAAUACUCCCAGAUAAAAUACGAUAAUUUAAGAAUAAGUAUGACCAGAAUUGUGAUGAAUUUAUUCGAGUUCAUGUAACUGUAAUCAACAUUUGGUUCGGUUCAAUUGGUUCGCGGUAGCUACUCAGUCAGUGUAAUAAAAAGCAUUUCCCUCCGAUUUUGAUCAAUUUUGUACCAAAAGUUGUUCAAAUAUGAAAUGUAAAUAACAUAAAUCCACCGGGAUGGCGGAUGCGCCCUAAGUAAAAACUGCUGCACGACGCUCAAUUAGGUCGCACUUGAUGAGGUAAUAGGCACACACUUUUUCAGUUUUUGGCCUGCAUACAGUGUCUGUUAUUUUUAAAUACUUUUAGAGGGUCGUAAUCAGCUUGCCGAGACUAAUCUUUUGGUACUAAAAUUUUCAGAUUUAAAGAAGUCAUAUUUUCAAAAUGAUUAAACUAACAAGGUGUGAAUUUUUGUACAAAAAAUUUGUUUCUUCAAAUAUUGUAAAUUUGGUAUCAAAAGUAUUAUCUGACUGAUUGCAAUUCUGUAAAAUAUAGUGUUUUUAAAAAUCGAUCUUUAAAAAGUG